UUUCUAGCUAGUGUCGAUGUAUCUUCAUUCUAUCGAAUUCUAAUGAUAUCUAAAGUUAUUUUUUACAAUACAUAACCAAAUUGCCCUAAUUCAUUUAUUUGUGGAAAAUUAAGGAAAAAAAAUUAAUAUGUUGAAUUAAUUGGACUCAAUAGUUAAUUUCAUCCAAUAGUGGGCCUCUAUUAUUCAUAAAUUGGAAUAAUAUCGAAAAAACAGAUAUCUUGGGCCGGGCCCAAUUUAUUUCCAGCGAAACCGCCACCUGCUACAUUUGCUGUCUGAAAAUCGAUACGGUGGGUGGGUCCCACAUAUUAUUCUAAAUUCUUAAUUCUACCCCCAAAACUUUUUUCAACUCGCUUUCACAACCGAGCCACUUUUUCUCCCACCGAAAAAACCCCAAAAAAUACACACACAAAUUUUUCAUCACCAAUCGGAUUUGAUUAACUCAGCUACUGAAUUGAUGGAACCGGAGUACGUCGGAAAGCCCGGAGCCGGAAACCCGUACUUACCGGGCCGUACGGACCUUGACCAGAUGCUCGAAACCCCGAGCCGCGGCGGAGCUAACCACCGCCGGGCCCAGUCAGAGACCUUCUUCCGCUUCCCUGACUUCGAUGACAUCCUCAUCGACGGCGGGUUUGGUGACCUCAACCUCGACGUACCCCAAACCCCGCCGCCGCUGGCCCAGCCGCCAAUCGAGACCAAACAUUUGACCCAUUUAAGGAGCUUGUCGGUGGACGCGGACUUUUUUGACGGGCUUGGAUUGGACGGACCGCCGCCGCCGACGGCGGCGGAAGGCGGUUCGAGGCCGAGACACAGGCACAGCAACUCGAUGGAUGGGUAUUCCAGUGCGACGUCGUCUGAGAUGGACUCGAAUACCAAGAAGGCCAUGGCAGCUGGCACACUUGCCGAGCUUGCCCUAAUUGACCCUAAAAGAGCUAAAAGAAUACUUGCAAAUAGACAGUCUGCAGCACGAUCCAAAGAGAGAAAGACACGUUACACAAUCGAGCUUGAGAGGAAAGUGCAAACACUGCAGACUGAAGCAACCACUCUUUCGGCUCAGAUUACAUUGUUGCAGAGAGACACGAAUGGGUUAACAUCUGAGAACAAGGAACUUAAACUGAAGUUGCAGGCCAUAGAGCAGCAAGCACACCUCAGAGAUGCUUUAAACGAAGCAUUGAAGGAUGAGCUACAGUGGCUCAAAAUUGCAGCUGGCCAAAUUUCUAAUGUCAAUGGAAAUAGAGUCCCUUCAAAUGUCCGGUACUUCGGGAACCAACAACAGCAGCAACAACAACAGCUUCACAUGCCUCGCUCCGAACCUAACAACAACCCUAGGCUCGGUGGAAAUCAGAUGGCUUGAUUAUAAUCUCAAACUUAAAGUCACCAUUUGCUGUAAAAUUCGUAUUUCGAAACGAUAAGUAAAGCUAGGAUCUUGUAUAUAUAAAUAUAUGUAUACAUAUUGCAGUACCAGAUUUGAUGAUUAUUGCUCUUUCUUAU